AUGGGCUCUGAAACACCGUCCAAUCCCCUCUGGACCACGCAGUCCGUGCUGGCCACCCUUCCUCACCCCCCGGAGGAGAACUCUGCUUCCCCGAUUCCAUUUUUCCACCUCCUCGAGCGCCUGAAGACCACCAAACGGGAAGGCUGGCGCCGCUUCGGCAUCACAGAAGGCGAAUCGAUCUCGGACCACAUGUACCGCAUGUCGGUGAUGACGAUGCUUGCCCCGCCUUCGCUCGCCCCACGACUCAACCUGCCCCAUUGCAUGAAGAUGGCUCUCAUCCACGACAUGGCAGAGUCGCUGGUCGGCGACAUCACCCCAGUGGACAACGUGAACAAGGAAGAGAAGGCUCGCCGCGAGGCCGAGGUGAUGAACUACAUCACCAAGAACCUGCUGGGAGGUGUUCCCGGUGGAAUUUUGACCGGAGAUGAGGUUAUGAAGGUGUUCCAGGAGUAUGAGGACAAUGAGACGCUGGAAUCCAAGUACGUACACGAUAUCGACAAGAUGGAGCUUCUCCUGCAGAUGGUCGAGUAUGAGCGUGCCCACGAUCUCGAUCUUUCUGAGUUCUGCCAUGUCGCGAACCGUGUCCAGCUACCGGAAAUCAAGGAAUGGGCGGCGGCGGUGCUCCAGGAGCGCGAAGCUUUCUGGAAGAAGAAGACCGCCAAUGGAGUUUAG